AUGAAGGCUACUUCCAACGAAGCAGUCACAUUAUUCCAACAGCAGAAGACUCUAUCCAAUCGACCUCCAACGGCCAAACGUGCAUCAAAGCCGCAGAAAGAUUCCCCAGAACAACUGGUCGUGAAAUUUUCUAAUAAUACGGAAGGUAUGCACAUACAGCCGGCCAAACUGGAAGUUGAUGGUGAACCCAUUUUCCUGAAACCACGUGGAAUUGCCCACGGCCAACGUGAUGGUGUACUGCAGGCCCUUGAGAAAAUGGAGCGCAAUGGCAUAAACACACGAGUCACAUCCAGCACGUGGGCAACGCAAAUCGUGAUCGCAAUCAAGAGUGACGGCAAAACACCGCGAAUUUGUGGAGACUACCGAUUAACACUCAACCCGCGGGUGCAAAAGUGUGCGGCUACCACCAUGGAACCGGAGGAUUUCAUGAAAGCAUUGCACGGUAGCACAUGCUCCUCGAACAUUGACUUGGCCGAUGCAUACCUCCAGAUUCCACUCGCAGCAACCUGCCGGCAUUUCACCACUAUCAACACAACAUGGGGACUGUAUCAAUACAACUUCCUACCGUUUGGUCUCCAUACAUCCUCCAGCAUAUUCCGGGUGGCAAUUGACGACGUCAUCCGUGGACUCGAUGGCGUGUUGGCGUACCAGGACGAUGUCAUUUUGUUUGGUACAACAAAGGCCGAGCAUGACGAUAAACUCCUCAAACUACUGGAGCGAUUCGCCCAAAAUAACGUGUCAAUUCGCGCCUCCAAAUGCAUGUUCAGCUAA